AUUCCAAGUUUCCUACUAAUUCCUCCGUGACCAAGUCAAACAUAAUAAAUGUAUAAUAUUUUGGUUGUCUAGCAAUAGUAUAAACCACAAUUAGUUUUUGAGUUCUUCAAACAUCAUCUAGCAAUGUGUCCAAGUCAAUUAUUCUCCAGCUUCUUCUUGGUCUCUCUCCUUCUUCUUUUGUUCUCCAUCUUCAUCAACUCCAGUAGAGCUGAUGAUACGUCCUUUGCAAAUUGCCCUUCGUCUACCUGCAAAAAUGAACUUGAAAUUUCAUAUCCUUUUUGGAGGCUUGAUAGCCACAACCCCCCCCUCUUCACAAUACUGUGGCUAUCCAGGAUUUGGAAUCUUCUGUUCUGAAAAAGAUCGAAUUCUGCACAUUUCCGAGGAUUCUUUCUAUGUUAAGGAGAUUAAUUACAGUAACCACUCCCUUACCCUGGUGGAUAUUGAUGCUCUUGAUAGCAGAGGAUGCCCCAGGGUACAUCAUAAUCUUACUAUAGAUGACGACUUGCCAUUGGUAUAUUCGGAGCUUGAUAUGAAUCUUACUUUCUAUUAUAACUGUACCGGUUCUCUUCCAGAUCCUACUCGUACGUUAGAUUGCUUAACUUCAGGUGGAAACAAAUCAUAUUUACAUGUUGAGGAUUAUGAGCCGGAAGAUUUGAAUUGGUAUCGAACAUGUGAGAAGAAAGUGGUGGUGCCUGUGACGAAGGGUGGGUGGACUGGAGAACUUGGUGCGGCGAUGGAUGAGGGGUUCGUAUUACAUUGGGAGAAUGCGACGGUGUGCCGACAGUGUGAGGCCUCAGACGGGCGUUGUGGUUACGACAAUUUAACCCAAGAGUCCUUGUGCUUCUGCAAAGAUGGCACCGUAAAGUUUCAUAGCUGCAGAUCCAAAGGAAGAAACGUGAUCGGACUGAAGGUUGCAAUAGCAUUAUCUGCGGUUGGAGCUGCAAUAGUGAUAACCUGCUGCCUGAUGUGUUGCUUCCGAUUUAGGAAAACAAAUAAAACGUCAAAAAAAGAAGAUCAGAUUGUUGAUGCCUUCCUAAGGCAGUAUGGAUCCCUAUCCCCAACGACAUAUAGCUAUUCAGACAUUAAGAACAUGACAAAUUCCUUUAAAGAGAAACUUGGAGAAGGGGGUUACGGAGAGGUCUACAAAGGUAAUCUUAGAGGUCACCCUGUUGCGGUGAAAAUCUUAAAAGAGACCAAGGGGAAUGGAGAAGAGUUCAUUAACGAAGUUGCAAGCAUCAGUCGAACUUCUCAUGUCAACAUUGUUAAUCUGUUGGGAUUUUGUUUGAGUCGUCGAGUGAAAGCUCUUAUUUAUGAAUUCAUGUCAAAUGGAUCUCUUGAUAAACACAUAUACAACGAAGUUCCAAACAUGAGAUGGGAAAUGUUGUACAAAAUUGCACUCGGGAUAGCUCGAGGAUUAGAAUAUUUGCAUAGAGGAUGCAACUCCCGAAUUUUGCAUUUUGACAUAAAACCUCAUAAUAUUCUUCUGGACGAGGACUUUUGUCCGAAGAUAUCUGAUUUCGGUUUAGCAAAACUAUGUACUCGAAAAGAGAGCAUGAUGUCCACACUAGAAGCCCGAGGAACCAUUGGUUACAUAGCUCCAGAGGUCUUCUGUAGAAAUUUUGGAGGAGUUUCACACAAAUCUGAUGUUUAUAGCUAUGGAAUGAUGGUUCUCGAAAUGGUUGGAGGAAGAAAGAACUACAGUGCUGAAAGAAGCCAUAACAGUGAAAUAUAUUUCCCUCGUUGGGCUUAUCAACGAAUUUUGCUAGAUGAAAACCUAAAUAUAAGAGAUAUGAUGACCAAUGAAGAAGAAGAGAUCGCAAAGAAAAUGAUAUUAGUUGGUUUGUGGUGCAUCCAAACAGAUCCCACGCAAAGGCCGGACACUGGUAAGGUAAUUGAAAUGUUAGAAAGUAGCUUGGAGGCCUUCCAAAUCCCACCAAAACCUUUCAUAUGUUCUCCAUCACGAUCAGAAGGAUCGGCAUUGAACACUUUGGAGCGACCUGCAAAGCCAUUUUUAUUUUCUACUUUGAGUUCGACGCUCGAGUCUGCAGCCUCAACAAUUGUAUAAUUUGCUGAAGAAGUUUUUAGAUAAUAUUUUUGUAUAACAUUGGAAUAUACAACAACAACAACAACAGCCCAGUGAAAUCCCACAUCUUGUGUUUGGGGAGGGUAUAAUGUACGCAGACCUUACUCCUACCAAGGUAGGAUGGCUGUUUCCGAGAGACCCUCGGCACAUUGGAAUAUAAUGAUCAAAUAUUCGUGAAAGUUAUAAAGAUGUGGCGAAUUCCACUUAAAGGUGAAAACUUGUUUAUUUAUUUUCUUAUUUAACUGUUUAACUUUUGCAGGAGAGAUGAGGUGAAGGGAAUUUUGUAGUCUGAGUUGAGGCUUAGUUUAAUUUACUAAUUGAUGUAUUAUGCUAAUUCUAGACCUGAGAAGGAACUAAAUGAAAGGUUUUCACCCCCAA